AUGGAUUUAAAUGAAACUUCAACUUUCAAUGUGGAGACUCAGUUCGCCAAUGUUUUACAGAACUAUGAGUUGAAUAAUGGGCAGAGUCCUGUUGAUGUUCUCAUAAGCUUCAAGUCAAUAAGUGCAUCUAAGGCUUUAGAAGCCGGCGAAAGACUCGAAUUAAAUCCAAAUGAUAAUGACGCUGCAGUGAGUUUUGAGAAUUGGGAUCUAGAGACAAAAUUAUGGCAUUUGGCUGAAAUUUUAUACAGUUUCAGGUUUUCAGAAAAUGAGGAGCCGUUAAAGGAAUAUACAUUUUCCUCACUUUCAACCAAAGAAGAGAACUUUUUGAGAAAAACACCCAAAUUGAGAGAACUUCUGCUCAUUAUAGAAUGGCUACAGGUAAACUCGAAGUCUUCGGAUGCCAAUACGACAUAUCAAAGUAAAUGGCCCAACACGAGAAUAGCAGCUGUAAAUGGAGAUUUGAAAACAUUAUCAGGAGGUGGGCAAGACUUGGUAACUGAUCUCGAUGAAGAUGCGCCUAUAAGGACUUUAAAAAAUAUUGAUCAUAGAGAUGAGGAGGAGGAUUCCAGAAACUUUAAAUUAAUCUACCAGCUAUUGAUCUCAAAUAAAAUUCAAGAGGCAAUAGACUACGCAAGCCGUACGGAAAAUUUUGCGCUUUCUCUAAUCUUGCUAGGGGCAAUUCAAGAUUAUAUGGAUUCAAUCAUAGACUCUGACGGAUCUUAUAUCUUAGGAGCCUUAGAUUCUCAGCACCCUACAGCCUCUGGUAUAAAGCAUAAGCUUUUAUGGAAAAAUACGGUUUAUAAACUCUCUCAAGAAUCGAAAUUGAGUAGAUAUGAACGCCUUAUUUAUAAUUAUUUGAGUGGCGGUGAAAUAAGCGCAAAUUUAUUUGAAUCCUCGGGAAGCUGGGAAGAGAGCCUUCUUUUAUAUUUGAAUCAAUUAUAUCUUCAUAACUUGGAGACUUUUAUAAGAUCCACUAUGUCACUGAAAGAGCUUCAGAUGGAAUCUUUACCUUUGAGUCAGCCAACUCCUCAAUUCUCAUCAGUUGAAGGAAUCUUGAACGCACUUCUGAGGUCUGAAAAUGAAGUAGCAGAGCAAAGUAGACAUCCAAUACGAAUAAUCAGUGGAAGCAUAAUGAUAGACCAAUUACAAUCAUUGUUACGUGACCUUCUCAAAGAUGAUAGAUCGGAAAUAAUGAAGCAUCCAAAUCUUGCUAGGAUAUUAGUUCAUUUAGCCCUCGUUUAUUCGUUCAUGGUUGAGGUUGAUCUGAAAGAUUUAACCUCGAUUAUAACCUCAUAUAUAUCCAAAUUGGUCGAAUAUGACUUAAGCGAACUCGCCACUGUAUAUCUUUUAUUGAUACCGGACGAGAGAGAUGCAAGAGAGGCAUAUUCAUUGUUUUUAUCUUCCAUUACUGAUACUGACGAGCGCAGUAAGCAAAUUCUGAUUGCCAAGAGGUUUUCUAGUGUUGCUUCUAUUACAAAAGGUAAUUCCAAAAACGAUUUGGGUGAAGAAAAGAUCGCGAAUGUUUUGAGGAGAACAGUCGAACGGGUUAUGGAAGAAACUGAAUCUCAAUACAGGCCAAGCUCCACAGUUUCGGUAGUCGAUGAUAAUGAAGUUGAUGAGACUGAUUAUAGACUCUACCGGUCCGUGGAUUGGUUCUUUGAGAAUUCGAUGUAUGAAGAUGCUAUAAAGGCUUCGAUAGUUGUAAUUAGAAGAUUUUUACUAUGCGGUAAACUAUCAUCUCUAAAGCAAUUUGCACAGGAAAAGGAUUUUAAAAAACUAAUUAAGGAUUACGAUUUCGUGGUCCAUACUAAGACAUUAAUAGAUCCACAGUCUGUUGGAUCUAUAACAGAGGACCAAAAACAAGAGCUCCUUGAGUACGCUGCAUUUGCCACUCAAUUGGUUCUUGUAGAUGAUUGGAAGAGAUUCUUGACAGAUCAUCUGAUGGAAAACUCAGCAGCUUGGAAGUCUAAGGAUGUAAGAAAUUCCAUAGAAAAGAUCACGAAGAGCGUCACAGGCUUGAUAUAUAAGUGGUUCAAAGAUCUUAUCGAAAGCUCAGAUGACAAGGUUAUCUUUGAAGAACUUAGGUCAAUGUAUAUUCCUUACAUGAUAAUGGAAAUAUUACUCAUAUAUCAAGCUGCAAGGCUAAAUGACCCUAAAUAUGUCAAAGAAGCUUUCAAAUUGGUGGGAGAUGUCGCAAAUGAUAACGAAAAUGAUUUUUUAAAGUGUUUUAAAGAAUGUGGAAGAUUGCAGGAAUUUUUGGUCAAAGUUGGAGAGUUUUCGAUUCUUGCAGCCGAAAAGGGCAUUAAAAAUAUAUUCACGUGA